GCGGCGGCGGACUGAGCCCGCGCCCGGAGCGGGCACCAUGGUGCUGUCGGUGCCCGUGAUCGCGCUGGGCGCCACGCUGGGCACGGCCACCAGCAUCCUCGCUCUGUGCGGGGUCACCUGCCUGUGCCGGCACAUGCACCCCAAGAAGGGGCUGCUGCAGCGGGACCGGGACCCCGACCCGGAGAAGGCGAGACCCGGCGUGCUCCAGCCCGCCCAACAGUUCAACGUUAAAAAGUCCACGGAGCCCGUGCAGCCCCGAGCCCUCCUCAGGUUCCCAGACAUUUACGGCCCCAGGCCAUCUGUGACGGCCCCGGAGGUUAUCAACUACGCAGACUACACGCUGAGGACCACAGAGGAGCCUGCUGCAUCCGCCAGCCCCCAGGCCCCGAAUGACAGCCGCCUCAAGAGGCAGGUCACGGAGGAGCUGUUCAUCCUUCCUCAGAAUGGUGUGGUGGAGGAUGUCUGUGUCAUGGAGACCUGGAACCCAGCAAAGGCUGCCAGCUGGAACCAAGCCCCCAAGCUCCACUACUGCCUGCAGUAUGACCAGCAGAAGGCGGAGCUGUUCGUGACUUGCCUGGAAGCCGUGACCAGUGACCACGACGGAGGCUGUGACUGCUAUGUCCAAGGCAGCGUAGCCAAUAGGACAGGCUCUGUGGAGGCCCAGACAGCCCUGAAGAAACGGGAGCUGCACACCACCUGGGAGGAAGGCCUGGUGCUCCCCCUGGCAGAGGAGGAGCUCCCCACAGCGACCCUGACGCUGACCCUGAGGACCUGUGACCGCUUCUCCCGCCACAGUGUGGCUGGGGAGCUGCGCCUGGGCCUGGAUGGUGUGUCCGUACCUCUGGGGGCCGCCCAGUGGGGGGAGCUGAAGACUUCAAUUAAGGAGCCUUCUGCAGGAGCCGGAGAGGUCCUUCUCUCCAUCAGCUACCUCCCAGCGGCCAACCGCCUCCUGGUGGUGCUGAUUAAAGCCAAGAACCUCCACUCCAACCAGUCCAAGGAGCUGCUGGGGAAGGAUGUCUCUGUCAAGGUGACCUUAAAGCACCAAGCUCGGAAGCUGAAAAAGAAGCAGACAAAACGAGCCAAGCACAAGAUCAACCCUGUGUGGAAUGAGAUGAUCAUGUUCGAGCUGCCAGAUGACCUGCUGCAGGCCUCCAGCGUGGAGCUGGAGGUGCUGGGCCAGGAGGAGGAGGGGCAGAGCUGCGUGCUGGGCCACUGCAGCCUGGGCCUGCACGCCUCGGGCUCUGAGCGCAGCCACUGGGAGGAGAUGCUCAAAAACCCGCGCCGGCAGAUCGCCAUGUGGCACCAGCUGCACCUGUAGCAGCUUCCCAGUCCACCUCCCUUCUCGGGCACGGCCCUGCCCCUUCCGUUCCAGCUGUCCUCUGUGACCUCUUCUUUGUGCCACAUCCUCAUAAUGACACUCAGAAGACAGACAUCUUUGCAAAGACCAGGACCCCAUUCCUCUCUCAUCACACCCCCGUGUCUGACAAUGAGCAGGAGAGGGCAGUGUGUGGACAUUUGGGUCACCCUGGGGAAUGCAUUUUGCUGAUCUGUGUCACAGAAGAGACACUUAGCCAAUGCAGCCCGAGUGCGGGGUGGGCAUGUUAGUCCAGAUGCAGAGAAAGCUGAGUUUGGGGAAUAAUGGAUACAAAGAAUGUGUUUUCUUAAAAGUGAGCAUUUCAAAAAUGAUGAAGAAAAUAAAACUAUCCUGGAUCUACCCAUAGAAUUGGAGAUUGUUAGGGUGGGUUGACAUUUCGGCCAGCAUGAAGUCAUGCUCCCAAACCAGGCAGCAGUAAUCCAGCAGUUCUCAAACCCUCAGUGUGAAGACAUCACCAGCAGACUCCCGGGCCCACCUGUAGACAUUCCAAACCAGUGUUCCCGGCCGGACCCCAGGAGCCUGCCUUUUAACAUGCGUCGGCGGUCUGGAUGCAGAGGUUGGAGCACUGUGCCUGGAGGAAUCCCUUCUACAACAUUCCAGACAGGUUUUCACAGCCAGUGCCAGUACUGGGUGUCUCAACCAUCAGUGUGACAUUUAGAAGCCUCUAGGUUUUUAAUUUAAUUAUUUUAAUUCUUAAUAUUUUUCAUUUGUGCUUUUCAGAUCCUGCUCUUGGAAUGAAUUUGUACUUUUUAUUGAAUAGCUUUAUUGUUUUCUCUCAGAAUCAGUUUAUAUUAUAUUUGGGGGGACCUUCCUUGACAGGGUGGGAUCCCCCUGUUAGUUACUGGGCGCUAGUUGUCACAUCCACCAGCAUCACCAAAGUGACCCUCCAAGAUAGACCCAUCGCUUCUAGCAGUCCAGCCACUUCAGGAAGAAUUCAGUUUGGGGCGCAUUUUAAUUUAGUCUGUUAUGCCUGGCUCCGUGGAGGUGGAGAAGGAAGAUAAAUAGGAAACAAAGACUUUUACAAAUGUGCCUCCUACUCCAGUUUUCAGGGCCUGUCGCUUUAAAAUCAGUAAGUAACCAGCAGCUAGGUUUCAGAUUCCGACCUUAUUAUUCCAAAUAUCUGUCCAUAUCAUUAAUUAAAUGAUGAGCCUUGUGGAGUGGAUAUACUUGCCCUCGAACCAGGACUCCUGGGUUCUGUUGUUGGCUCUCUGCUAAGCAGGACUAAUGACAUGGCAGCUCUGUCUGGGUAAAUGCUGUGAUUGAUAGAUGAAAGCGUGCUUGAAAGCUGUAGGCACUCCCUGGCUAGAAGCAAACUCUGAAACCACCAGCAGAUCAUCUUUAAGCUUUAAGUUGGCAGCUGACAAU